AUGGCUCGGGUCCGAACGCUAGCAGACCUCCGCACAGAGGAGGAGGCCGACGAGAACACGCCCCUCUACAACGCGGAGACAGGGAGUCGGGACUCUGAUUCUACGAGCAGCGGGGGAACGGCGCCACGGUCCAUGCCUAUUCGUUUCCUGGAACUCCUCUUCCCUCACUUCUCCCUGAGAAGCGUCGUUCUUCCAAUCAGCCUUGUCGACUGGAUUCUCUACAUCGUCACUGUUUGCUUAGACACGGAGCUGCCUCUUAUUCCAGCAUCGAACAUUUUGGUGCAUUUUGGGGCGAAUUAUCCGCCUCUGAUAAAGCAGGGUCAGGUGUGGCGCCUGCUUCUUCCCGUUUUUCUGCACGCGAACUUUUUCCAUGUUUUCUUCAAUGUCUUCUUUCAACUCCGCAUGGGGUUCACCAUCGAGCGGCGCUACGGUCUGCUCAAGUUUGCCAUUCUCUACUUCGCGUCCGCAAUUUACGGGAACCUUCUCUCGGCCACUGCCUUCUUCUGUAACACUCUCAAAGUCGGAGCCAGCACGGCAGGCUUCGGUUUGAUCGGGAUCCAAAUUUGCGAGAUGGCGCUGACGUGGCAUCGCAUGCGACAUCGCGACCGCAUGCUGAUGAACAUGGUGUCCUUUGUACUCUUGAUGAUUCUCCUCAUGUUCACUCUCAAUGGAGGGAGCAUCGACCAGAUGGGCCACCUUGGAGGCCUUCUCUGCGGGUUUCUCUAUCGGCAUCUUGUACAACAAGGGCUUGAACGAUAA